AUGCCACAACGAAGAUCUUUACACGGAAAUUGGUGUGGUAUACCGGCGGAUGACACGUGGAAGAUUGCAACAUCUUGCAACGCCCUCGAAAAUGGGGAAAGUAAAUCGUCUUCGCUUCUUUGGUCAUAUAUUGAGACCGGCAGAUCGCCAUGUUCAACGAGUUCUGAGGAGUUUGUCGGGUUCGAGCUGGAGGAAGCCACCUGGCCGAAAACGGAAGUUCUGGACUCAGGUGGUGAAAGAGGACCUGAGGAUAGGCAGUUCAGGCGAGACGUAAGGUUUCGCAGAAUAUGGAUUAGCGACGAAUGGAUUGAUUCUGUGCAAGCUCACGCAGUAGACCGAGAAGGAUGGGGAGAGCUGUGUUCAAGGACGGCACACCUCGGCGAAGAUGCGGGUAAUCGCCUCAUGCGAUGA